GCCGGGCCCCGCGGGAGCAGGUCGGAGCCGCCGAGCGGGAGCAGCCCGGGCUCAGCGGCCGCCGGACCCCCGGACCCUCGGACCCUCCCUCCCUCCCUCCUUUCCUCCCUCCCUCCUUUCCUCCCUCUCGUCUUGCCCUUUGCCCCUCCGCCGCUCCCUCCUGCCCCGGACGCCCCUUCCUGGGAGCCCGCCCGUGAGCCUGGGGAACUUGCAGCUCAAAGCCAACCCCCCCCAGGGCACCAUGUACCCCGCCAACAAGAAGAAAAAGGUGUGGAGGGAGGAGAGAGAGCGUUUAUUGAAGAUGACCUUGGAGGAGAGACGCAAGGAAUAUUUGAGGGACUAUGUCCAGCUGAAAGACAUUCCAUCUUGGAAGGAAGAAAUGAAAUGUAAAGGCCAAAGUGAUGAUGAGAGCACUGAGGAAGUUUCACAGUUGAAGAAAAGUUUGAGUGAAAAAGUUUCUCUUUAUCGAGGAGACAUCACCCUGCUUGAGAUUGAUGCCAUUGUCAAUGCUGCAAAUGCCAGUCUUCUCGGAGGAGGAGGGGUUGAUGGCUGUAUACACAGAGCAGCUGGGCCGUGUCUAGUAGCCGAAUGUCGAAACCUGAAUGGCUGUGAGACUGGGCAAGCAAAAAUCACCUGUGGCUACGACCUACCUGCAAAAUAUGUCAUCCAUACUGUGGGUCCCAUAGCGAGGGGACAUAUCGGUGACACUCAAAGAGAAGACCUGGCAAGUUGCUAUAAAUCUUCUCUCAAGCUGGUACAAGAAAAUAACAUCAGAUCAGUGGCAUUUCCCUGUAUUUCCACAGGAAUUUAUGGAUUUCCAAAUGAGCCAGCUGCUAACAUUGCCCUAACCACUAUUAAAGAAUGGUUAAACAAGAAUCAUCAUGAGAUGGAGAGGAUCAUCUUCUGUGUCUUCUUGGAUGUUGACUACAAAAUUUUCAAGAAGAAAAUGAGCGAGUUCUUCCCUAUAGAUGAUGAUAAUGAAGAUGACGAUGCAGCAAUGAAUGAAGAUUCAGAGGGAUCGGAACAAAAGGAUCUCUCACCUUCCAAAAAGAGCAUAGCAGAGAAAACUGAAUGUUCGAAAGAUUCCAGUGAAGCCCACACGGUACCAGCCCACUCAUGUUCUCCCAAGGAUGAUAAUGGCACAGAAGAGAAGCAAAGUCCUGAGGAAAUGGAAGGCCUGAGCCAAGGAACAGUUGAGGCAAAACUUUCCAAUGAGCCCGAUCCAUCAGAAGAAGAAGAAGUUGCUGGACUCUGUAAGGAUCAAGAAGCAGACUUCUCAGAAGAUGGCCAAGUUAUACAGGAGGAUGAACCAACCCAUCAUUUGGUGGGUGAGCAGGAUCUUGCAGAGGGACAAGAGAGUGAUUCAAUGAAGAAUGAAAUGAAAAUUGAUACAGACUCCCAAAGCUCCCAAAUGGAAAUCGAAGAGACCCUUUUGCACCAAGAAGAUGCCACAAACCUGCAGAAAUCAGACACUCUUCUAGACAAGGAUGGCAAAGAAGAAAUGGAAGGUGAGAAAGAAGGAGCAGCACAGGAAGGCAAGUCAUCGGGAGAAACAGUGAGACUGGAAGACCCUCGUGAUGUAGAAAUCCCUACGAAUCUUGAUGAUGAAAUGAAGAGCCAGAUUGAAUGUAUUAAUGAUCCAACAGAGAGUCAACCAGAAGAUUAAAAGAGAAACGGGAUGAGACAAAAGAACAAGCAGGUGAAACUAAGUGACAUCCUUGGCAUUAUUCCCGAGGGGAGCAGAGACAGCACUAGAUGGUGCCAAUAGGGGAGGGGUGGGGGGGGGAGAGGGGGAAAUGGAUUGGGGAUGUGGGACUUCAGAAAGAGCCCUUUGCUUUAAUUCUUCUUCAUUUUUAGUGCCGUCCUUUUUUCUGUCUACCUUCUCCAAAGGACGCGGCCUUCAAUUUGGUGGUGGGUGCCCCACAUUCGAAUGUGCAUCUGCGUUCUGAACUGUUCCUGUAAUUUACUGCCUUUUCCUUUCUAACCGUGGCCCUGGAGUUAUGGUGAAACUGUUUUAUAAAAAUCUAUCUGUAGUCUGGCCCCCGCCCCCAUCUACUUUGCUGUUCCUUUAAAAAACUUAUUGUGCCGUGGUUUCUUUAGAGAAACAGGUGGGGGAUGAGGUUAAAGGAUGAAUUUCAUGAAGUGCACUGCCAGGCAACAGCAGGGUAUAUGGAAAAACCAAGUGGCGUAGAAAGCUUUGAAAAUGGUCAAAACCUACUUAGGGAGCCUUUGGAAAAAGGGAGGAAAUGGAAACUGUUUAUUCAGUAUUUCGAAAGCCUCCAUGGAGUCAAGAACACUUGAGUCUGUCACAGUAAAGAAACUGUGCUUAACGCCCAGUGGGGUCAUUCAGCUAUCCUGAACUGCUGCUCUCCUCCCCAAGGGUGGAAUUAGGAUUUUUGAGCAACCAGGGACUUAAGACUCCCAGGGGAGUCCCUCUACCCCUUAAUGGCUUCACAGCUGCCUCAGAUGAUGGACAAUCUCUUUCCAUCCAGUUCUGGCUGCUGAGCGACCCUGGGAUCUGUUUGUUUGCAAUUAUGCGAGCUAUUCUGAGUGAGUGCUUGUCUAUGGAAUUGCUUGAAUGUGGCAAAAAUAGCAAAUCCCCCCUCUUCUAGACUCAGCCACUGGGUCAAGUAAGGCCUGAUUCCACUCUCAUUGCAUUUUCCACUGUGGUUCUAUGUGGGUUGUGAUGCAUUCACUUAGUCUCGAUUUCCACCGUGUUGCCGGUUCCGAGGGUUUUUGUGGGGUUUUUUUGGUUUUGUUUUUGAGUAAAAUCUUGUCACUGGGAGUAAGGUUAUAUUUUCCAAUAGUACCAGAAAAUACUUUAAGGGGCUGUUCACACGAUGCACCGAACAAGCCGCAUGUUUCCCAGGAAACAUAUUCCCAUUUGUUUUAAAAAAGAAUUAGAGCUCUUGCGUGCUUUUUUGGUUUUUAUAUUGCCUGCUCAUGCACCAAUCCUGAAAUCAUUCACUCAGCUUCCCUAGUAAAACCAAUCAAAAUGAGCAAAUCAAAGGAAGUCAAGUUCAGGCAGGAGAUGACUCCAGACCCAUUGGGCAGUUCAAAUUGGAGAGUAGAAAGAGAACCGUGGCAUCUAAUUGUGCAGGGGGAACAAGAACAAAACAAGGCGCUAUGGGGUAGGACCUGAAUUAGCUGAUCAUUUCCUAGUGUAGAGCCAGUUCCUAUCUACCUGAAUGUAUCCUCGACUUGCACUAUCUUGACAAACUCUCUGCCGUAACUUCCACUAGGAGACUAAGACUUAAAUCUCCUCCCACUUGCUUUAGGGGUUCUUCCUUGUGAUAACAUGAAUUUAUGUCUAUUUGAAUGUUUCCCUUGAACAAGCAGAUGAUUCCCGGUAGGAGGGGGGCUUGGUGAAAUCAGUCAGAUUGGGUUCUCAGACAGCACUGCUGGAGCCAUGUCAUACUCUCCUGCCAUGUCUAAAACUCCCUUGGCUAAAAUCACAUUUUCUCUACUUCACCAAAUGACAGAGAAGAUCCUGGUUUUUCUUUGAGUCAUCUUUGGUAUUUCUCAACUUUAUUGUUGUUCUUUUUGACUUGUUUCAGUGUUACUUGAAGGGUGCACAUACAACAUAUUUCAGGAUCACAUGAUUCACCCUUAAACAGCCUUGUCACAUUUUGCCUUUGAUUAAUAACAACUUCAAUGGGAUCUCCUGUGGUCAUUCUCCUUUUUGUAUAUCCAGUCAAUUAACCUAAGGCUGGAGGGUUUGCUUUCUCUCCCUAAGUUAAAGACAACUUCCCCAUAGGCAGGAAAAGACUACUUUCAUAUAACCCAAGUUUUGGCCCUGUCUCUCCUGCAUGCCAUUUUUAAAACAAUUGAGAAAGUCACCUUUCAGGCUUGUGAAAUUCUUGAGAAGUGCAGGCCACUGCAAACCAAUUAUCCUAUGGCUUCCAAAUGUUAGUGAUACUCACUUUCCGUAAGGAGCUGCAACAGGAACCAACACUAAAGACCUGGAAGAGAGAGAGAGAGAGAGGUAGGUGGGAUGGAAAUAAUAAAAAGGAUGAAAAAAAUAAAAUCUUUAUCUCCUUGUUAGGAGAGAUUGAUAUUAGAAAUAAUGAACUUUAAUAAUGCUUCAGCUCUUGAGCUGUCCCCCAUCCUUUAUGUUGGUGAGUUUAGCACACUUUUCAUCUCACCCUGGCCCUUUUGAACAGCAGCAGUUCCCUGAAGCUGGGGAAAUCUGGCCCAAGGAUGUCAUAGAGAAGUGAGAAAUGCAUUCAGGAAGUUGACAGAAUAAAUCGCAUCAGCUCUCCAUUUUUGUCUCGGUCCACUGGGUGGUUUUGCUUUGGUAUUCACCAACUUACUUUAAACUUUAAAAAAAAAAACAAAGGCAACAUGCUCUCUCUCAUUUAGUUAAGUUAUAAUUAUUGCCUUGAUGAACAUAUCUUGAAUUUAUUUCACUGGAGCUGCUAAAGCACCUAGAAUAGAGUCAGUAGAAGAAUAAAUAUGAAGAUUUGUUUAAUUAGCCUGCCCAUGAAUUCUGGAUGUCAAAUUCAACUCAGAUUUCAAUCAUGCCAUGUUGCAUGUAGGAGGAAAAGAGGCCUACAUUAGUGGUGUUUGCAUACACUGGAUCAAAAUAUGCUUUUAACAUAAUAGGUCCAAUUUUAAAAGUACUCAUUCUAGGAGAGACAAUACAUUAUUCCUCUAGCUGGUGACUGCUCAGAUGACGGACAAGUCUCUUUUUAUAAGAGCGUACAAAGAAGACAUCUGAAGCACAGACUGUGCUAUUGGGUCGCAUAUUAUUCACUGCAGCUAAUUGUAAAUCUUUCUAUGACGCACUGAAAAGCCUCUUUGUGAAUUAACACCGUUUUUGCUUGAUGCUCUUGAUUUGAAAAGAAACUUCUCUAUAUGCAGUGCAUGUCAGCUUUGCUUUUAAAGAUUACAAAGUUAGCAAAAUAAGUUCAAUAUAUUUUCUUGGGGAAUAGGGUUUUUAUCAUAAGGAUUCAUUAAGGAUUUUGCCUUACCCUGACACUUGUGAUAUUCAGAAAAAUUGUAAUUUUUCUCUAUCAAAAUAUGUUUUUACUUACUGCAAAAUAAGCAUAGUCUGUUGCUUGCAAAAUGCCUAUUGGUAACUGGUAUGGAACUGCUGACUAGGCUAACAGUGCCUCUUUUGUUAAUCUGGAAUUUAAAUGCUAUAUUGCUUCAAAAAUCUAUUAGAUUCCUUUUGUCUGUGCCAUACAUUGCAAAACUUAAACAUCGAUGCCUUCAUAAUACAAUCUUUGUUAAAGCAGAAUCCUAAUAAAACCUGUCGAAGACGAGA